UCUAUAUCAACCGGCCCUUUUCCUUGGUCCUAUUGCAAUUGCACAGAAUCUUUUUAAACCGCAUUGUUUUGGCGAUAAUCGUGCUGUGCGUCUUAGUACCUACACGGGGACUCUUCUCCCACACCCCCGCUUCUCACCUAGCCGCUAAGCGACAGCCAACGGAAAGGCGAUUCGAUCGUCUACGGACCGACUAACUGCCUAAGUUGCUCCUAUACCGCUCAGUUCGCGCCUAAGGAAACAGUGUGAGAGCGACUGAAUAUCUCCCCCUUCCACUCGUCCCAGUUUGAUCCCACUGAGGCCGACAUAAACAAUCCGGGUCUCCUGAACCGCCUCCACGCUGCCCAACUACAUCCCCUCCUGCUAGUGUGCGGCAUCUUGCUGCACUGGCAUCGAGAUCGCCGACCGAGUACAUGUGGCUGUUCGAAUAUCUGCGACAAUGAAGGGUUUCAGACAGAGAGUGCACGAGCAGUUGUCGAGGGCCAAAGAUGCAAAUAAAUCUUCGAAGAAGAAAGAUUCCUCCCACUCCGCGUCCCAGAACCAAGCCUCCCUCGGAGUCAACAACAGUCAGCAAUCCUCAUCUCCAAAGAACGGCACCCCAACGUCGUCGACAACUUCGGUGAAUGAUACAAGAGGGAAGUCUCCGGAUAAUGCUGCGCAGGCGGGGGUGUACCCCCCAGCAACUCCAACGAAACAAGGGCAAGGGCAAGUGCCGGCCCCCAGCGUGGUCAUCAGUCCGAGCGCACCGCAUGUCCCUCCCCCUGGCGCCGCCGAAACGAUGCCGGGCGACCUGGCCCCUCCCAGAAAGUCCCAUGUCUUCGACCGCCUCCAGACAACGCCCAAAGAUAUGUCCGAAGGAAUCCGGACCCCCAAACGUCAGCACUCGUCGCGGUUUGAUAUCUCCGAUCAACGCCAAAGAGAGUUGGAGAAGUUGCCGGGAUUCCAUGAAGUGCCACCCAACCGGCGUCAGGAGCUGUUCAUGCAGAAGAUUGAUCAAUGCAACAUCAUCUUUGAUUUUAACGACCCGACUGCCGACAUGAAGUCUAAGGAGAUUAAGAGGCUGGCGCUCCACGAACUCCUGGAUUAUGUCGCAAAUAACCGCUCGGUGAUCACGGAACCCAUGUAUCCCCGAGUCGUCGAGAUGUUCGCUAAGAACCUCUUUCGACCCAUCCCGCCGCCCGUGACACCUCAAGGGGAGGCAUUUGACCCGGAAGAGGAUGAACCUGUUUUGGAAGUGGCCUGGCCCCAUAUCCAGGUCGUUUAUGAGUUCUUCUUACGGUUCAUCGAGAGUCAGGAUUUCAACACGAACAUCGCCAAGGCUUAUAUCGACCAUCACUUUGUAUUACAGUUACUGGAGUUGUUUGAUUCCGAAGACCCUCGGGAACGGGAUUUCCUGAAAACUACCUUGCAUCGCAUUUAUGGAAAAUUUCUGAAUCUGCGGUCUUAUAUUCGCCGGUCUAUCAACAACGUGUUCUUCCAAUUCACUUACGAGACGGAGCGAUUCAACGGAAUUGCGGAGCUGCUUGAAAUUCUCGGAUCUAUCAUCAACGGAUUUGCACUCCCGCUGAAGGAGGAACAUAAACUCUUCCUCACGAGAGUUUUGCUGCCUUUGCACAAGGCUAAAGGUCUCAGCAUGUAUCACCCACAGCUGGCGUAUUGUAUUGUACAGUUCCUCGAGAAGGACUCAUCGUUGACGGAAGAGGUUGUUCUCGGCUUACUACGCUAUUGGCCAAAGGUCAACAGCACGAAGGAAGUAAUGUAUCUGAACGAAGUAGAGGACAUCUUCGAGGUUAUGGAUCCAGCGGAAUUUGCCAAGGUCCAGGUGCCCUUGUUCCAACAACUGGCGAAAUCGGUUGCAAGCCCCCAUUUUCAGGUGGCGGAACGUGCUCUCUACUUCUGGAACAACGAAUACUUUUGCAACUUGGUCAGCGAUAAUGUGGAGACGAUCUUACCGAUCAUGUUCCCGCCGCUGUAUGAGAACUCGAAAGGGCACUGGAAUCGCACAAUCCACAGCAUGGUAUAUAACGCCAUGAAGAUGUUCAUGGAAAUCAAUCCACAGCUUUUCGACGAAUGCUCGCAUGAGUACAACGAGCGGCAGAACAGUGCCGAGGAGCGUGAAAGAUCCCGAAAGGAGAGAUGGGAAAAGCUGGCGGCGCAGGCCAAAGACCGGCAGAACGGUGUUCCUCCACCACCGCCACCAGCGGACAUUCCUGUUUAUGUAGACGAGGUUGACACCAUCACUGAAGAUAGUCAAAAUCGUCUCCAAUCUUUGAAGCUGGACGACUCGGGCUCAGUGAAGGAACGACGGAGUUCAACGCAAGCGUGAUUCUAACGUUGCAACGUCCGUUGCUCCAGAGACGGCGCCGCGACACCCUUGAUGAUACUCGGAGGCGACGGAGUGGUAGCGGCAGUGAGAUCCGACCGCGCGACCGCAGACGGUCGAUCGGGUCGAGUGCCGUACAAAUCUUAACACGAAGCAACUCUACCAAGUGACGGGCGGUCGAUUCGAUGGCAUUCUUUUAUUUAGAUUUCCCACAGUGAUGGCAUAGCGACUACGAGCUGCGAUGAGUGUUUUGUUUUCACUUGGUUUGACAUCUGAUCAGAACCCUCUGUUUCGCGCCUUUCAACCUCCAUCUCUUUUCCAUCUUAUUUUUCUUUUCUCUUUCAUAUCUCCUUUUGUGUACAUGGCUUUCAAUAUUCUUUUCUCCGCGCGCAGGGCUAUCUUUGUGCCCGUGAUUCAAAGCGGACGUUUGAGUUGGACUAUUAGAACUGUGUUCGGGUCUGGAAAACGGGUGCAAAUGGCGUUUCCCUUAGUCGACGUUGAUGUCGAUGACCUCUUUUGAUUUUAAAACAUGAAGUAUUUAUGGCAUAACAGACCAAAC